AUGUCGGAUUUAGAGAAACUACGUGCUUGCUGCAGAGCAGUGGUACGACGGCAACGAAACAAUGCCACUCUUGAUUUUCCAUGUGUGAUUUGUCAGCAGGUCAUUCGUGGGCAGCAUGGCAGCAUGGAACAUUACCGUGUCAGUCAUGGCAUUUGCACCAGUCACUUUGAUGAUGUUGCAGAUCUUAACGGGUUUCUCUCGCAUUUGCGCUCUCUUCUGUUGCCGGCGGGCGACACCAAAUUUCAUUGUCCCGUUUGUGGUGUUUCGUGCGAUGGUGAGGCGUCAUUAGUUGCCCAUGCCGGUCAAUUGGGGCAUACUUUCUGGGAUGCAAGAGCAAUUCCAACACUCGCCCCCUUUUGUAUUACAGCUGUUAGUAGUGGUAAUGAUGAGCUGCAACACGAAGAAGAUGAUGAAGUCACUGGUAAAGUUAUUGAUCAAGCAUUUUAUGAUGAGGAUGAGGAUGAGGAUGAAGAUGAGGAGUGGGAAGAGGAACCCGCUAUGUGUUUGUUGUGCGAUACAACCUCUCACAAUUGCCUCCUGCAUAUGAAGGAAGCUCAUUCAUUUGAUUUUGUCGCUGCGGUUCAACAACAUGAGGGCGUGAAUGAUGUAUAUGACGUCAUUCGUAUUGUCAAUAUUAUUCGUGGAUGCGUUGCUGACGGUACAUGUCCUCAUCAUUACGGUGAGGAUUCCCCCGAAGCUGAGAGCUGCCGGCAUGAAAUUGCUUCGUCAUCGCUGCUGUCGCACUUGAGAUAUGAACCCUUGCAUGCAUUACCACGAGCGAUCCCCACUGGUGACAAGGAACUUAUUCCGCGACUUGUGGGGGAUACUUUUAUAUCGUCUAUUGUGGUUGGGGGAAAUAUAAAAUUCGGUGAAACCAAGUGCCAAACUGGAGGGGAUGAGGGGGAAGAUUAUCCAAUGGUGCCCACUAUGAUGGAGCUGGCCGCUAAACGACUAGCAAAGGGCGGGGCAUGA